CUUUCAUCUCUCAGCUUCAUCGCUUCACCCCGACCUCCAAUCUCAUACAGCCAUUUUCUCAGUUACUCCGCCUUCUCCAUCGCAGCCAAUAUUCACCGUCUUUAUCCGCUUCUCCAUCCCCGUCAAUUUCACUGACUUUAUCUGCGUCUCCAUCGUCUUCAUCUAGUGAUGAAAAUGACCGGCCUCACCCCUUUCCAUUUUCUGAUUUCUUCCACGGAUUUCCCCUUUUCACACAAGAGUACAAGAAUGUGUAGCGUUAUUCAUAUCCGGCUUUUCAAUUCAUCCAGCACAUUCUCUCAAAAGAUUUCACUUUUUCUAUUCUUGCCUUCAAUUUCAAUAGAUCGAAGCUUCUCAGCCACUAUCUGCGUAGAACAAGGUUCCUUCUUCCGUUUUCCUCAUCACAUCUGCUCACUAUAGAUUCUUUGGUAAAGGUGAAGCCAGAAAACAGUAUUAGGUGCUGUCCAGGGAAAGGUGAAGCAACUUGGUGACAUGUUGCCUCUAAUUUUUGGCUAAUUGGUCAUAAUCCUUACUGCAAAUUGGUCAUAAGCUUGCUGAAACGACGUUCUAAUACAAGUUCAAAAGAGCCUACUAGACGAUUUACCACGGUUGCAUAUUUAAUGGUACUAUGUCACGUUUUAUCCCAAAAAACGUGUUAAGACAUCAGGAAAAAAUUCUCACCGGGCAGUCUUCUACGACAUUCCCCGCUUACAGUUCUGAGAAGAUAUGGUUGUCUCCCCUUCAACAAUAUGUUCCCAAAAUUGUUAACUGGCAAAGAAAAGGGGCGCUUAAUGUGGCGAAGCAGAGACGUGGAACUUGCUAUGCAGAAGCGACGCACACAAAUCUAACACAUUACGCUUCGAUGAUUGAAAAGACAUUCAUUAAGACAGUUGAUGACUUAUGCACCUAUGAUUUCCGUAAUCAUUGGAAGGGAGGGAAAGCAUACAUUUGCCUUCAACAGUGCAUGUUAGAAGGAGUUUUAUGGCCUCGUAACGAAGGAGAUAGGUACCCGUCAUAUGGUGAGUCUGUUCCCAUAUGCGGAUAUUUCAGAGUGCCACCCCAUGAGUACUUUCUACUUAGAGCCAUUGCACAGCAGAUUGUUUUAGUGUCAGUGCAUGUGGGUGCAGAUUUCCGUGCUUAUAAAGGAGGUAUUUUUCGAGGAGAGCGUGAAGGAAAAGAACAAAGACUAAGCCAUGCAAUGAAUGCCAUUGGUUAUGAUUUCGAAAAAGGUUUUAUAACCCUACAGAACUCGUGGGGCAAAUCGUGGGGUGAGGAUGGAUGCAUUAGAUUUGCUCUAGGGACUGACGACGUAGCCGGGGUGAAUGGAGUAUACAGGCACUGCUAUAUCCCCUAUUUGCACAAUCAAAGGACUUUCUUUAAUGAGCUGUUGAAAUUCUGGAAGAUGCGUUAUACCUUGCUGGAUAUGGGAUCAUAUGCUCCAAGAAACUUUGAAGCCACCAUUGACAGUCCCUAUACCCCUGAGGAGAUUAAGGAGUACGCAAAGGUAAGCUGGUUGUGGAUGGAUUCUACAUAUAGUAAUUUUCUAUGGUGUAUAUUGGAUUCAACACAUGUUUGGAUUCUUUUUUCUGAUAUGGGUUGUGCGGCAUAUAACAAAUGUUAUGUAGUACAAGCCAAAACUGAUUUGGACUUUUACUUUUUCAGUAUGUCGUUUGUAUGAUAAUUUCGGUGACUCCUUGUUUUUGUUUUCUCUAACUUAUUUCAAAAACAGGAGAAAUAUAGUGAGAAUUCUUGUGAACAACCAAAGAUUAGGAUGAACAAAGUUUUACGUUCAAAUUUGAGGGUCCCGCUUGGAGAUGUUGUAUCUCUGCACCAGUGUCCUGAUGUUAAUUAUGAGAAGCGUGUGCACAAACUUCCUAUGGAUGAUACAAUUGAAGGGGUCACUGGAGAUAUCUUUGAAUCCUGUUUGAAACCUUACUGUUUGGAGGCAUAUCGACCUGUGAGGUUAGGAGAUCAUUUCUACGAUAGAGAAGGGAUAGAGACUGAAAUCUUAUGUGAGGGUGAGCCAGUGAGGCGGGAGGAUGGGAACAGACUCGAUGAAGUUGGCUAUCACAGUGGGGAUGCCAAGCAAUGGAAGACCCUUAAUGAUAUAAAAAGGAUCAACAUCAAGAAAAAGAAGUUCCCAAAGAAGAAGAAGCCGAUCUCUGACUGCCUGUCCGAUGAUGACGAUGAAGAGGAUGAUCCUGUCAAGGGUCCUCCUUAUGACUAUGCUGAUGAGUGUCGAGAGUUCACCAUUCAGUACAACAAGGAGCAAAACAAGAACUUGGAGUUUUUGGAGGUGGCUAGAGUUUACCUGGAAGAAAGUUUCACGACCCAAGUUCAUGUGUUCCGAGCUGCUGAUCCAUCCGCUGCCCGAGUGCCAAUCCUACUUGAAGCGCGUUGUUCCUAUCCUGAUAAUAGGUUGCUCCAAGUCAAGCCCUUUAAACCAGUUCCUGUCCGUGGAUUGGGAAAGACUUCUGGCCUCCAUGGAAUGGGAAAUCGUUCUGGCCUCUGUGGAUUGGGAAAGCCUUAUGGCCAUUUGCUCUAUGAAUGUAAAUAAAUUUGCGUCUUGGAUCUGUGGUACUAUAACAGACUCUCUGAGUUGGUAGUGUAGUUGUUCUCUAAUUUAUGGUGGAAGCAGAAGUUCAUCUGCUACCAUAAGUUAUGGUGGAUAUAGACCAGAAAGACUAUUUAUCUAUAACAGAUCAUUCUGAAUAUGUAUUAGGAUCGCUUGUUUACUACCUUGUCAGUUUGGUUGUGUAAUGCAAUGACAUGUAUGGGAGGCUUUUUGUCUGGACAGUGUUAUCUCCCUUUUGUGCUUGAAGCGUGAAUUAAGUUCAUCUCUCUCAUUUAAGAUUUUAGCCA